GUACGUCGUAAGAUGUGAAACGGGAAGUGACAGUGCUUAGACGUCUGAUUCUUUAUUGAAAGCGACUACACUUUGCAUCAGCGUAUAGGAAAAUGUUCCGUGAGUUAAACUUUCUCUUUAUCACUCCUGAGAUUUGUUUCCUGUAGCAGGUGUCAUAGUGAAGUAUCAUAUUUCUUCUCAUUAACUACCAUCCUCACCUUUCAAUUUGCCUAAAAGUAAUUAAUUCGUGUGCCUUGAAGUCGAGCAUUCUUUAUUUUAAGAGAUCUGCAGAGUUGAAGAAAUUAGAUCUCCUUGAAAAACACUUCCUUUAAGCAUCUUUCUCAUUAUGUGAGAAUGUACUUCUCUUUUGUUGGCUGACGAGAGUUUGAAUUGCCUACAGUUUAGGGUAAGGAAUUCAGGUCCAUGCCAUGUUUUCAAGAUAAUGAAGGGGUUGUUCUUCAUAACAGUUUUUGCUUGUCUGGAGUUGGCAGCCGCAGGUAAGAUAAACUCCAAUUUAAUUACAAGAACGCUCCGCUGAUCUUCUUUGUCCAACAAUCGUGAUGUUAAUAGUUUUUUUUCGGAUGGUUAACCUUUACUGGUACUAAACUCAACCAGGUGGAACAUGUGAAGCCCCAACAUCAUAUGUCAUCGCUUUUAUUUUUAUGUAGCUUUCUUAAUUUUUCUCGUCCUCAAGCAAACUGUUUGAGUGUUACUUUUACGGAAAUUGGCCGGUUUGGUUUAAUAUCAUUCAAAUAAGGAAUCAAAGCUAGGUAUUACCUGAUUGCUUCAGUCUUGAAUCAAUUUUCUCAACAGCUUAGAAAAUGUAAUUGUAGAAAAAUGAUAAUCAUUUACCUUUUUCGCUUGGAACGGCAUGAUUUUAACCGAUUUUACCAGUUUUGUCUAAUAAUAUAACCCAGUGAAAGAAUUAGAUGAAAUAUUUUAUCAUAUCAAUAGCGGAUUCUUUAAUAAGUAUUAGGUAUAAUACCACUAUACUGAAUGCCGGCGGGAUACAAUUUAUAUUGAAUACUUAUUUUUUCUUCGAGUUUAUGACCUUUUGUUUUGUUAGUCGAAUGCUUUUGAUAACGAAUUACUACACAAAUUGCUCAUCCUAUUUUAUGUAGCAUGAAAGUUCUUACCGGUUUUUAAAUUGACUAAAUUCUUUCUCCAACUUCCAUAGAAAAGAUACAAAAACGUGAAUUGAAAAUUGACAGAAGAAGCCCUUGGGAAUAUGGUAUGUUGCUCUAAAUUCGUGUUGCAUGACAGCCUUAGUGGCAACUACUUCUGAAAGGAGAAGUUUACAACAGAAACCAUACGAUUUUUAUUUCUGCCUUUCAGAGUAUUUGUAAAAUUUGAAAUUACUGUCGAAAACAUUAAACGAAGGACGCCGCUAUUCAAGUGUUUUUCAGCUACCUAGCCCCUUACCGCUUACGCAUCAAAAUUUCUUUUUUCCAUCUUGAACAUUCAGGAGCUAAAACUAAAGAUUUUAUUGACUCAAAUUACGAUUUUUUCUGAUAUACGGUUGCAAUUGUCAAAGGUUACUUACAGCAACCUUGUUAUCAUUUACAAGGUUGUAAAUUUGACCUAAAGGUUUGGUUUGCUCAUCUAUCGUUCAUCGAUUUCUUGUUCAUGGGUGUACGUACUGUUUUAACGGAUUGCCGACAGUCCAAUAGCUAUAUGAAGGAGAUUCCCCAGAGGUGACCUCUAAUGGUAAAUAAUGCUAUUACCCAUGCAGCGAAUAUGUUGUCCAUUUACGGCUGCAUGUUGCCAACUAUCAAGUGUUGUCACAAUAACAACCAAUUCUCGUAUUGUCUUGCAGCUUUGCUUAAAUAUCUUCUAGGAGACCCCAGAGGAAACCGUAAGUUUCCAUAACUUUUGUCCACUAUCGUGGAUAUUUCUUUUAUUCUCAAAGUAUUUGUGUAAGGAUGUCACUCAGUGAAAUGACCUCUCUUCCAGCAAACACAGCGAAGGCUUUGAAAGGGGAAAGGAGAACUACUAGACUGCACAGAUUGUGCUCUGGGAAAAUUCAACUUCGUGAUAAAUGGAUCAAGGACACGUCCGUUUACGACAAAAUUAUUUGCGGCAUGUUCACAAGACAAGAUGAGUACAAGAAGCAUGAAGAGCACGUGGCGAGGAUAUUAAUGGGAAAAACUAAUAGAAAGACUUUGGAUGAACAGAAAGAUGAACUGAUCAGAGCUGUUAAUCGGAUGGUAAAGGCAGCCGGCCCUAUUCCUAUUAUUAAGAUCAAGGGCAAAUGAACGGGAAAGAGGAGCCAUUAAAUCAGUUCAGGAAGUUAAUAACAGUGUGGACAACAGAAAACCACUAAAGCAGCAAAGGGUUCUACAAAGCCCCUAAAUCUUUUGGGUAAAGUUCUGGUCACUUUCCUACUCUAUCAUUAGGUCGAUUCGAAAACCGUGUGUGACGAAACAUUUUCCCUAAUUGUAAGAUAACAGUUAUGUGUUUUUUAUAAACCUCUAAUGGGAUAAUUUAGUGGGGGAUUUUUAAUUUCUAAUAAACAAGACCGCACCAAUAGAACCCGAAGGCAAACAUUUCUUUCUCUUUUACUUUCCAUUUAAGUUUGGACAAAAAUUGUUAUUCAGACGGUCAGUGCCUG